AUGGGGGCAGUUCUAUUCAAACUGUCCUCCAACAUAACCCAGAAUCCAUUGAAGACCUUUAACGUUAGUCGUAUCGCUCCUCUGCCUGACCUCCUUGAGUGGUUCUGCAGUCUGAGUCACUCGGCGCCGGUGGACGCAGCAAAAACCACGGAGAUGAAUGCCUUCUUGUGCCUCAUCCUGGGACUGUUGGCUACUGCCACCCUGUGCCAAGGUGGAUGCUUUAAGAUUCUACGUGAUUCAUCGGCUAGCAAAUUCAUCCGAGGAUGCAAGACUAAAGAUGGUGUCCUACACCGCCUUGGUUCCAAAUGGAAUGAUAAGGACUGCAACAAAUGUACCUGUAACAAAUUGGCAAUAACAUGCUGUGCCCAAAUUUCCCAAUAUUUUGGGCUCCCUGAAUCCUGUAAAGUUGUCGUGAACAAAGACUGCACUCACAAGCUGGUGAAUAGGAGCGGCCCUGACAGCGUCUGUGUCCCAAAGGGUGCUGUGCUUUAAGGCGCUGCUCUUUUUAAAGGAACACUUCCAGCCAAGAUUGUUUCCACUAUGAUAAUUAAAAUGGAUUUGUCAGGAUUUAUGUGUUACUACUGAGUCAGUCCCUCAACAAAUUAACUGUGUUUUUUAAUUGUUCUUGGCGAUAUUCUCUUAAAAUAAAGGCAUUAUCUUCUGC